AUGGCCUUUUCAGUCGUCCACCCCUAUCAAUACGUUGCCAUUCGGCUGCCCUCAGACCAGACCAGAGUCGAGCAGAUCGUCCCCAAUACUCUGAUAAACCUGGGCAAAUAUGGAUCUUUCCGCACAAACCAGAUCAUAGGCCGUCCUUACCACCUAACCUUUGAGAUUCUUGAUCGGUCCGACGUCAAGAAUGGCAGAGAGCUCAGGAUUCUCCAGGCCGCCGAGCUGCAUGCUGUGGCUCUAGUUGAGCAGGCCGAGACGGACGAUGUGUCGACGCCCAGAACCGAGGUGGACGAUGCAGGGGUAUCACAGCAACCGACUCCUAAAUCCAACGUCAACACCCACGACGACCCCACGAAUCAGAAGCUGACCAGGACUGAAAUCGAAGCACUCAAAAGAAACACCAUGGGCAGCGGCAGAGAACUAAUUGAGAGGAUCAUGCAAUCUCACUCUACCCUUGACCAGAAGACGGCGUUUUCUCUCGCCAAAUAUACGCUAAAGAAACACAAGAAGUACAUGAAGCAAUUCACUGUGUUGCCCCUGGAUGUUCCGACCCUGGUAGAUUGGAUGAUGGUAGAUCGUGAAUUUACGAAGAUUAUGGAGAUGAGGAACGAGGCGAUCGGUCUGAUCGGAUGUUGGGCAAAUGUCCAUGCUGCCGGCCAAGACUCUCCUAUGCUCGCCAACAUGGGCCCGUCUUCGCGGUACCUAGUUGUAGAUGACACGGGUGGUCUGAUCGUGGCUGCCAUGGCGGAGAGGAUGGGUAUUCUACAUCCAACAGGCCUGGGACAAGAGGUGACUGUUCGCAUAGAAGAUGAGGACAUGAAUGACGACCACCCCGACGAGGUAGAGACGCACUUACCUCGAAGGUCACAUCGCGAACAGUACCGUCACUCCGCAAUGAGCGCAACCUCCAACGCAAUCACGCUCGUCCAUGCAAAUCAGCAACCUAAUCUCGGAUUACUCCGCUUUUUCAACUUCGACUCCAACACCCCGAGUGCUUCCCAUCCAUUGUACACCCAUCUUAAGACCCUCUCGUGGCUGCAGCUAUUGGAGCCAGAGUCUGGGACCACGUACGAAGAACCACCCACCAUCCCGGACGUAGAACUCGCGCGGAUGAAAUCAAAUCGAAGGAGUGCCUACUACCGCAAACGCCGGCGGUGGGAACGUGUAAGGAAGCUCGUGGCCGAGACGCAGGAAGGCGGCUUCGACGGCCUUGUCGUGGCGAGCUUCACAGAUCCAACGUCGACGUUGCGCCAUCUCGUCCCGUUGUUGGCGGGCGGAAGCCAAGUCGUGGUCUACUCGCCAUACGUCGAGCCGCUGGUCGAACUGGCUGACUGCUACUCUACAGCACGACGGACUGCCUUCAUCAAUACUCCUCAAGAACAAAGAACUGUCCCGUCAAAGGACUUCCCUGUGGAUCCGACGCUGCUUCUAGCACCGUCGGUGCAUACCGCAAGAGUGAGGAAGUGGCAGGUCUUACCCGGCAGGACGCAUCCAUUGAUGACGGGAAGGGGUGGUGCAGAGGGUUACGUCUUUGUGGGAACUAGGGUGCUUCCUGCGGAGGGAAAGGUUGAAGCCAGAGGGAGACCUCCUAGAGGAAAGAAGGUCAAGGGCGAAGAGGGGCCUACCGGAAGUCCAAAUGAGGGUGGAUUUGAAGGAGGGAAGAGAGUGGCAGAUACGGAGGAGCCACCCCAGUCACCGCUCAAGAAACUAAAGGUCGAGGCUGCGACACAGGAACAGAAUAAUCUGGAUGUGCGUGAGGAUGUUAUAGACGAGGCGUGA